GGCUCCGGCCCUCCUCGAAGUGCAAGUAAAUUUAGAAAAGCAGAAGGUACAUUGACAGGGUCGCGGUAACAUUAAGCUUACGCUUGAUGUGCGGGGACAUAACAAGGGAGGGGGUCGCUGACGCUGCUUAAUUGCAACAUAACAAGACAAGGUAAAAGGGAACGGGUGUGGGGACUAACGCCAGCAAUUUCAAAACAACACUUGUAUGUUACGCCAACUGGAAAAAUACCAACAAGAACAGUAAACGCCCGGUUUGGGUUAUAAAAACCAGACCCUGACAAGAGAUAUUGAGCUACUCUUGGUAUGUACUGUUUUGUGCAUCUAAGUGUGCUCCCGGAUUGCAAUCUGUGACGUCAUUAAAGAGAGCUGACUUGCAACCAACCUUCGCCUCAGACUGCAUCCUUCCCUCAUCAACGGACUCGGUGGAGUCUAACUCCAACAAUUUGGGGGCUCGUCCGGGAUGAGGAGGAGGUUGUGCUAAUUAGAACCAGAGACGAGGUCUUGCGGACGCGGACAGCCACGGGGCCCAAAGAAAAAAGGUAGGCAGAGCCUGUUUUAUCAAACUCUGCAUAUUGGCUAUUCCUAAAAAGUGGCUGGAAGUGUCUCAGGAUCUGUCAACCAAUAUUGGGGCGAGGGUUUGUUGGGUGUGUAGCUCUGAAGGGUCUGGGACCCUUGAGAAUAGUAUCGUUGUUGAAGGGUCUGGGACCCCUGAGAAUAGUAUCGUUGUGGAAAGGUCUGGGACCUUUGAGUAAAGUAGUGUUGUAGAGGGGUCUGGGACCCGUGAGAAUAGUAUUGUUGUAGAAGGGUCUGGGACCCAGGAGGAAAGCACCGGUGUGGAAGGGUCGGGGACCCUGGAGGAGAGAAGGGAGAAGUACUGUUGAGGAGGGUCUGGGACCCAAGAGGAAAGCGCUGUGAUAGAAGGUCUGGGACCUGGGAGCCUUCGCAGGGGGUCAGGGACCCUGUAAAACAGAGGGCUCUCAAAGGUGACGGUGGGUCAGGGACCUCCGUCACAGAACCUAUUGGCAAGGGUCUGGGACCCGUCCGUGGAUUGGCACCCCACCUACUGCUGGCAGGUAGUAGGACAGCUGGGCCUGAGCCGCCCGGGGAUAUAGGACCCCCAAGCAGCUCGUUUGGCUGGAGGAGUCAGGUUCAUCCUCCCGAAAACGGGUCAUUGUAGGCCCGAGGUAUAGAGUCCUCGAAGCUACCCUUGUAAAUAAAGUGUAUUUAGUGCGAGUUGGUGACUGGGGGUUGGUGGGGAACUGGUGUGAGAUAAGGUGUACAUAGAGCCAUUUAUUCUUUGUAUUUACAAUUGAUUACUUACUGUUUACUGUUUACCGUUGUCCGUGGCUUGAUAAUUGUGUGUGUUUAUGUUUUGGUGGUGUUUAUUGGUGGGGCACUCAGUGACAGCGAAAAGGUGUACUAAGUGUGGAUAGGUCGACUAAGGUAAAAUAUGGAUCACGAAUUUGAUAGAGAAUUGGAUGACGGAGGCUGGGGUCCACCAGUACGCGGGCGGUGGAAGCCUCUGUCUGAACAAAUGCAGUUGCUAAAAAUAGCAGUGGGUAAAGCAGCACAGGAAAAGGGCCGAGAGAGAGAGACGGCAGAUGCGUGGAAGCGUAUGGGUAGUGCAGUGAAAUGUGCAGGAUACAAACCGGAGGAUAGGCAAUCAUUAGGAGCACUUUUAUGGCGUAAGGAAAAGGAGCAUAGCGGCCUGAAAGAUGAGGCAGGACGCGAGCUAGAGAAAGCAAGGGGGUUACAACAGGGAAAGUGGAGAAAAGAGGGAGAGAAACAGGAGCAGGAGAGGCAAGCGUGGGCUCGCCUAGCCAUUUUCUGGCAGUGUGUCGAUCACCUGCAUAGGGAAAGUGGAGAUAACGACAACUGUGACCCAGCCCCAGCUGGGCAGGGGUCUGGGAAAGGCGACAAGCAACCCCCGGCGUACACCAGCCGUGGGGGUUUUCCCACCGCUCCCCCUGCGCACAUGUGUCCAGUAAUACAUGUUACUGGUGGAACUGUUCAGGUUCAAACGCAGGGAGAAGGGAGCCUCCUAGGUGGGGAUUGCUGUAGUGGGGAGGAAAAGGAUUCCGAUUGUGAAACCGUUAGGGAAUCCGAGGGAGAGAGUAAGGGAACCCCUGGAAAAGGUAUAACUAAACCAGCGUUUCAGGAAAGGGUGAUUAGAGAGCAAAAGGAGGAGGCGGCCCAGGGUAAUCGGGGCAGCCUCACCCCUCUCCGCGAACGGAGCCGUCUCCAGAGAGGGGAAGUGGAGAUUAUCGGUGAAUUGUCGGGGUAUUGUGAGGAAGAUGAGGAUGAGAAAGUGUUGAUAGAUUUGGAAGGUGAGCAAGGUGAGGGACCAGAGCAAGGUAAAAGGGAGUCAGGGAGAAUGACCCUCAGGUCCCGCACCCUGAAGCAGCAAACAAACCUGAAGCCUAAGCAGUUCCCCUUAAGAAGGGGGGCUUCAGAAGGACCUGAGAGAUACAAGCCGUUCUCCUUAGGAGACGUGCAGGCGCUAGCGGAUGAGAUGCCUCCCCCUGCAGACGGGGGAGGUCACUGGAUGGAUAAACUAGACCAGCUGACGCAGGGAACAAAGUUGGCCUUGGGUGAUUUCAGAGCAGUGGCUGCGAGGUGCCUAACUAAACACUCUCUGCAGAAAAUAGAGGAAAUGGCAGGGACACUCACUCGCGGUGACAGUGUGACUCUAACAGACGUAGUGAUGGACUUGGGUGAAGCCAUGCGGGAGAUGUUCCCCGCCCCGAGCGGGGACAGCAUUCCAAAAUUUACUUGGGACCCUAAAAUACACCCCAGAGAAUAUUUGGACAAAUGUACGGAGGAUUGGACUGGGAGAAUAGGGUGUCACCCUGGGCAGGCUGGGGUUCAGCAGGAGUGGUUCAGGCGGGCGGUCAUGGAGUGUGUCUCGGAGGAGGUUAAGGCAGUUAUUUUGGCUACUCCUGAUCUCCCAGGAGCUGAUUUACCCGUGCAGGAUAGACAGGUGUUGCAUCAUCUCCAGAGAGCGAGGGAUGAGGUCACAAAAGAGGAAGGUAAUCUGAAAAAUUUACAGACACAGUUGUUGAAACUGCAGGUGAGAGAAGCGAGACAAAAAGUACAGGCUCACAAAAAGAAAGGGCAGGGGAGACAGAUGGUGGCAGGAGCACCACAGCCCCUGUUCGGCUUAUGGGUCGGACAAACCCCCAACUACAGCAAUCAGGGUUGGGGUCCCCAGCUAUGGGGAAGAGGCCGUGGGGGCCGAGGCCGGGGAGCCGGGAACCGGGGGCGAGGCCGGGGCAGGUCGCAAAGGUGGCCACCGCAGGGAACCUGUUACAGGUGUGGUAGGGCUGGCCACUGGGUCAGAGAGUGCCCAACAGGACGGGUCCCUCCCAGGGGACCCCCAGCAGGACAAGCGACCGCACCCAACCCACAGGCUGUUCCGGGAGGAGGACAGUAUCUCAUCCUCACUGGAUCCGAGGACUGGGACUGGGAGACUCCUCCAUGUGACGGUGUCCACGGGUGGCCCGGGACGCUGGGGAGGCAGACCCCAUGCUGUCCCUAAUGGUCAUGGACAAAGAACUGCCGUUCUUGGUGGACACGGGGGCCACAUAUUCGACUUUGAAUGUGAUGCCUAACCAACAACAUCUUUCCACCACUACAGUGACCGUUGUGGGCUUCUCCGGGGAGGAGCAGAAACUGCCAGUGACUAAGCCUGUGAGAGUGCGGUUGGGGGGACAGACCUUUCUACACCCGUUUGUGGUCUCCGCUGCAGUGCCUGUGAACCUUCUGGGGCGGGACAUGCUGGUGAAGCUGGGAGCUUCAAUUUUGUGCAGUGCUGAUGGUUUGGUUGUCACCCUCCCCGAAGGGACCCGCCUGCCAUGUGACGGAGCGACAGGCGGCACCGGGCAGUGGCUGAUGCAACCUGUGUCACAACACCCGGUGGCUGACAUCUACUGGGGCCUCCUGCAGCCUAGCCCGGCGGGUAUCCUGGCGGUGUACUCCGCGUGGCGCUCCUGGAUCUCCCUCCUGGAACCCUACGUUCCUCCGCCCGACCCCCCACAUGUGACACUGUUUUAUGACCAUAAUUCCACAGAAUGGUAUGGGGACCUAUUUUCUGAGCAACUGGAAGGCCACGAGUGGCAAGUUGCAUCCCAAAACAUUUAUGUAGGUCCCGAGGGGGUGGCCUCAGCGGUCCACCUGUCUCCUGAGCAACUGCCCUGGUACAGGAUGGGAGAGGAGACGGUGCCACACGUCUCACUCGCCCUACAUCCUAAGCAUCAGGCCAAAGAUUUAGGCCCUAUGGUGAAAAGAGCCAUUUCGGCUACGGACUGGGGUCUCACCCAGAUCCCUCAAAUCUCGUACUCCCCCUCCUGCAGUUCCUACUGUAUUCAAACUAAGGUGACAGACACAGCCAGGUUACAGCAUGAACAAUUGUCUAGGGACCAUGGUAGGGAAAAAAUGGAUCAUCCCUGUGCAGCAGCACUACUGGCUUCUCUGCCAGACUCACUGUGGUCCACCAGCCCCACUGAUGUUGGUUUGGUGGACUGCACACCCGUCGACUUCCUAUUGCGCCCUACGGCAGGACCCCUUUGGGUCAGGCAAUACCAACACAAACCAGCUGCAGAGGAAGGGAUAGCGGAGACUGUUGACGGUCUCUUACGGGCAGGAGUGUUAGAAUGUUCCACUUCUCAGUGGAAUACUCCUAUACUCCCAGUAGAGAAGGCAGGAACAGGCAAGUAUCGUAUGGCGCGCGACCUGCGCACUAUCAAUGAUCUGCUGCUGACUCCCACUGUUCCAGUUCCUAAUCCCUACGUUGCUCUCACCAAUCUUACGCCGUCCCAGACAUGGUUCACGUGCAUUGAUCUGGCUAACGCUUUCUUUUCUGUACCACUAGCACCCCACUGCAGGGACGUAUUCUCGUUCACGUACAGGGGAUGCCAGUUCAGGUACACGCGUCUCCCACAGGGAUUUGCUCUGUCUCCCGGGAUUUUCAAUCAGGUGUUGAAGCAGAGCUGCCCUCUCCCUGAUGGGAUCACCCUCGUCCAGUACGUCGAUGACUUGCUUAUCGUGGCUCCAACUGCGGAGGUGGCACUCGAGGCGACUCGGUCAGUGCUCCUCUGGCUGGCAGAAAGAGGAUUCAAGGUCAGUAAGGACAAGAUGCAGGUGGCCAGGACGGUGGUGUCCUUCCUGGGGAGGGUCCUAUCUGGUGAGGGGACAGGGCUCUCUCCGGCCCAUCGGUCAGCCAUCCUGAGUCACCCUAAACCAAUUAUUGUGAAGGACAUGUUGUCCUUUUUGGGACUGACCGGAUACAGCCAAACUUACAUUGCAGAUUACACAGGUCUGACGCAACCAAUGAGGGCUCUGGUGCGGCCACAUGGCCUGCGGAGCCUCAGCGCCACUCUGACGUGGGAUCAACCUGCAGAGGAGGCUUUCAUCACUCUCAAGCAGAGGUUGGCCCAAGCAGCUGAUUUGGCGUUACCUGAUUAUUCUCUCCCGUUUCAUUUAGAUGUUUCUGAAACUGGAGACGUCGUGAACGCCGUCUUGUUUCAGAAAAAGGGGGGAGAGAGGAAGGUAUUGAUGUAUAUUAGCACCAAACUCGACACCACAGAACAGCGACAUCCGUCAUGCACCAGACAUGUGGCAGGAGUGGCAAAAGCCGUGCAGAAAACAGCACACAUUGUGAUGGGCCAUGCCCUACACAUCCUGACCACGCACAGUGUGGUGGCCUAUGUGAACUCACAAACGUUCACAAUGACGUCUCUAAGACAGCAGAGGCUCAGCAAAAUUUUAGAGGCGCCACAUUUAACUUUUGUCCAUGAGGGCAUCAACAUGGCUGAUCGAAUGGGGGGAGGGGCACCCCACGAAUGUGAGGCCAGGGUCAGGAAAGAGGAAAAGGUCAGGGAGGACCUAGCAGCCGAACAGAUAGAAGGUACGGAGGAGUGGUUUACUGAUGGAUGUUGUUUUCGAACAGAGAGUGGAAGUUUGCAAGCAGGUUUUGCAGUGGUAGCGAGAGAGGGCCUGGGAUUUAGGACACUGAAAGCAGAGAGACGGGAGGGGGCCCAAUCGGCCCAGAGAGCGGAGAUCAGGGCAGUCAUUGAAGCUUUGAAAGUGGCCGAAGGUAAAGCAGUCACCCUCUAUUCAGACUCAGCGUAUGCGGUGGGGGCUGUGCAUGUGGAACUCAGCCAGUGGCUGAGGGCUGGGUUCUUAACGGCAGGAAACAAACCGAUUAAGCAUGAGGCAGAUAUGAGAGAGUUAGCGGAGGCAUUGAUGCUUCCGGAGAAAAUAGCUGUGGUAAAGUGCAAAGGACAUGAGGGGUCAGGGACAGUGAUAGCACAAGGAAAUCAAGCAGCAGAUGCGGAAGCAAAAGUGGCAGCGGGGUAUGAGGUAAGCAGGCAGAUGGUUACAGUAGAAGAGGAACUGGAGGGACAGGGCAGGCUGACCUCAAGCAGGAUCCGAGUCAUGCAGGCGCAAGCCUCCCCAGAGGAGAAGAACAUGUGGGCAGAAAAGGGGGGCAUAGAAACAGAGGGCCUGUGGGGUAACAGGGCGGGGAAGCCAGCCCUCCCUCUGGGAAUUAGGCAACAGGUCAUAGAGGAGGCACACGGUGUGGGGCACGCAGGGACAGGACAGAUGCUUCACAAUUUGAGAGCAUGGUGGCAUCCGUUCCUGAAGGAUAUGGUAAAGGAGUUUGUGAGAAGCUGUGAGAUCUGUGCAUUGCACAACCCGAGACCCACGCUAAAACCAGAAAAGGGUCAGUUUCCAGCAUGUCAUAGGACUGGAGAGGAAAUAGUCAUAGACUACACAGACAUGAUAAUACCGGUGCGCGGGAUGCGAUAUGUGCUGAUGUGUGUGGAUGCAUUCUCUGGAUGGCCAGAGGCAUGGCCCACAAGGAGAGAAUAUGGGGCCUCGGUGGUGAAGUUCCUAGUCAACCAUUAUAUACCCAAGCAUGAGUUCCCCGAGAGGGUGAGGUCAGACAAUGGAUCCCAUUUCAAAAACGAGGAUCUGCAGAAGGCAGAAAGGGCGUUGGGACGUAGACAUGCUUUUGGGACAGUGUAUCAUCCCCAGUCCCAGGGGAAGGUGGAACGCAUGAACCAGACGGUCAAACAAAAAUUGGCAAAAAUCUGUGCACAGACUAAAUUGAAUUGGGUUGAUGCAUUACCCCUGGCACUGAUGUCCAUCAGGUGCUCCAUAAAUCAGGGUACAGGGUUUACUCCGUUCGAGUUGCAGACAGGACAACAAUUUUCGGGGCCCCACAGAGAACUUAAGUGGAAAUCGGCACAAGAAGGGGUACGAACGGCCAAGGCAUAUUAGGAUGGAUUACAAGUUCUUGUACAGGUUUCUCCAAGCAGGUCCAGGAGGCGAGACCAGAGGUUUGACCAGCCGAACCACAUACGGCAAAGUGGGGCCUUGCGUCUCACACAGUGCGGCUGAAAGGCAAAGGUGAAACCUGGUACCAUUGGAGCCAGUGCGCAGCGGUAGCAGAGCCCAGCAGAUCCCUUGCCGAGAUCCAGGAGGACCUCGCCGACAGCGCGGACCAACCUGGUUCGGGCGAACCGGCAGCAACUCAGGUCCCAGCAGUAGGGGCAGAAUAAUCCCCUGACCUGAGGCAACCAGCAGGGUAGUCCACCCCUGACUGAAAGAAGACGACUACACCUCAUCCACCAGAGAAAGAUCGGGACCAGGAUGACGAUGAUCAAGAUAAAAAGGGGGACUUUGGGGGAACGCAAGUAAUGUGUAUGACGUAUAACGUGACUAACAUGCCGAUGGUGAAAAUGUACGGUUCUGUCACUAAGGCGCUAGAAGGUCUCCACACCCUCUCUUACACCCUACAUGAGCAGUCUGGUAUCGUGCACGUGUGGGAGGACUGGAUCGCCUCUAAGUUCGGGCAGUGGAAGGGACUAAUCGCUUCGCUACUUAUAUCAAUCGCUACGUUUCUCGCCAUAACUGUUACCUGUGGAUGUUGUUGUAUUCCCUGCCUGCGGGCUCUCGCUGUCAGACUGAUCACCACCGCCAUAGAGAAAAAGGCUGAGGAACCCCCUGACACGUAUGUGCCCAUGAUGCCUCUGUUGCCGAUUAAAGAGGUGGGGGAGUUUGAGGAGGGGGUCAUCGGCCUGUCUCUGGUUAGUCUGGAGCGCCCGCUGUAAGUGGUGAUCUCCUUGCGGAGAUCAAAAGGGGGAUACCGCAAAAUUUCGCACAAAGCCAUCCAAUCAUUAGAACCCGUAGUGAUCUCCUUGCGGAGAUCAAAAGGGGGAUACCGCAAAUUUUCGCGCAAAGCAAUUUAAUCAUUAAAACCAGUAAUGAUCUCUUAGUAGAGAUCAAAAGGGGGAAUUGAAGGGGGGCUCCGGCCCUCCUCGAAGUGCAAGUAAAUUUAGAAAAGCAGAAGGUACAUUGACAGGGUCGCGGUAACAUUAAGCUUACGCUUGAUGUGCGGGGACAUAACAAGGGAGGGGGUCGCUGACGCUGCUUAAUUGCAACAUAACAAGACAAGGUAAAAGGGAACGGGUGUGGGGACUAACGCCAGCAAUUUCAAAACAACACUUGUAUGUUACGCCAACUGGAAAAAUACCAACAAGAACAGUAAACGCCCGGUUUGGGUUAUAAAAACCAGACCCUGACAAGAGAUAUUGAGCUACUCUUGGUAUGUACUGUUUUGUGCAUCUAAGUGUGCUCCCGGAUUGCAAUCUGUGACGUCAUUAAAGAGAGCUGACUUGCAACCAA